UAGCAGCAGGUAGCUAGCGCUUCGUUACCAGCACAAUUUACAUACAGCAACCGAAGUGUUUUGAACUAUCCAGAGGGGAUUUAUUGGAUAAAUAUUUUCUCGUACGCGUAGAUGAAAACGUUAACGAAAUUUACGGUAUAUAGUUGUACAACUUUAGCGCAAGAUAAGUGCUUAUAUUGGACAUUUAACGUUAAUGUUAGUUAGCUAACAGUUUCUGUUAAACCUAGCUAACGUUAGCAACAAGUCUGGGACAGCAGCUACACUGUUUACCAGCCCGUGCUUAAUGUAAACUUUUUGUUUUGUCACCAACGUGACACAACAGUAUCGCAAAUAAUGUGUAUGCGACAUUUAUAAAUUAAAAAAUGUCACUGGAAGCUGUAUGUAAACUUUAAUGCAACUUGAACGAGCUUUCGUAAAGCUGGACAGUCACAUGCACAUCUGUGCUUAUCUCCUGAUAACUAAGCAAAUGAAUGCUAACUGGCUCAUCUGCUGCCUACGCUACAGAGUAUGAUAAACACAAUGCCCUGACAGUGCGCUCCGGUUGUAGGAAUUAACGACUUUCAGUAAGUGAAUAGUGAGUUCAUCAGCUGUUCGCCAUGGCAAGUGCCUUAGCAGCGAAAAUGGGAUUUAACUCAUUGAUGAGAAAACAAGCCAGAAACUUCAACGUCAGGAUCUGCACGAUGGAGUCAGAUAUGGAGUUCAGCUGCGAGUUCAAGUGGAAAGGAAAGGACCUUUUUGACUUGGUGUGCCGGACUCUGGGACUGAGGGAGACGUGGUUUUUUGGGCUCCGGUACAACGUCAAGGACACAAUUGCUUGGCUGAAAAUGGAAAAGAGGGUUCUGGAUCAGGAGAUACCGAAGGAGGAACCAAUCACCUUUCACUUCCUGGCCAAGUUUUACCCUGAAAAUGCAGAGGAGGAGCUGGUGCAAGAUAUAACACAGCAUCUCUUCUUCCUUCAGGUGAAGAAGAAGAUCCUUGAGGAGGAGAUUCACUGUCCACCUGAGGCCUCUGUGCUGCUGGCCUCCUACGCUGUUCACGCCAAGUAUGGAGACUACGACCCUAGUGUUCACAAACCUGGCUUCUUGGCUGAGGAGGAGCUGCUGCCAAAGAGGGUGAUUAACUUGUACCAGAUGACUGCAGAAAUGUGGGAGGAGAGAAUCACAGCGUGUUAUGCAGAGCACAGGGGCAGGACAAGGGAUGAAGCUGAGAUGGAGUAUUUAAAAAUAGCUCAGGACCUGGACAUGUAUGGCGUCAAUUACUUUUUAAUCAGGAAUAAAAAGGGAACAGAUCUUCUUCUGGGAGUGGACGCCCUGGGUCUGCACAUCUACGAGCCGGACAACAGGCUGACACCCAAGUGCUCCUUCCCUUGGAAUGAGAUCCGCAACAUCUCCUACAGCGACAAGGAGUUUACCAUCAAACCUCUGGACAAGAAAACCAAUGUUUUCAAGUUCAACUCUUCACGGCUGAGAGUCAACAAGUUGAUCCUCCAGUUGUGUAUAGGGAACCAUGACCUGUUUAUGCGCCGGCGCCGGGUGGACUCACUUGAGGUGCAGCAGAUGAAGUCUCAGGCCAGAGAGGAGAGGGCCAGAAAACAGGUAGAGAGGCAGCGUCUGCAAAGGGAGAAGCAGCUGCGUGAGGAGGCAGAGAGAGCCAGGGAUGAGCUGGAAAGGAGACUGAUUCAGCUGCAGGAUGAGGCUCACAUGGCUAAUGACGCAUUGCUGCGUUCAGAGCAGACGGCGGACCUGCUGGCUGAAAAGGCCCAGAUCGCGGAGGAGGAGGCUAAGCUGCUGGCCCAGAAAGCUGCCGAGGCUGAGACAGAGAUGCAACGCAUCAAAGUGACUGCCAUCCGUGGCCAGGAGGAACGGAGGCUCAUGGAGCAGAAGAUGCUGGAGGCAGAGAUGCUGGCCCUCAAGAUGGCUGACGAAUCGGAGAGGAGGGCCAAGGAGGCUGAGCAGCUGAAACAGGACCUGCAGGAAGCCAGGGAGUCAGAGCGCAGGGCAAAGCACAAGCUGCUGGAGAUUACCAGCAGGGCUGUCUAUGCGUCCCCAGGACUGGCACCUGACAGCAUGCCGCCCGACCUGAGCUUCAGCAGGGAGAACCUCAGCUUUGAUUUUAAAGAUACCGACAUGAAACGCCUCUCCAUGGAGAUUGAGAAAGAGAAGGUCGAGUACAUGGAGAAGAGCAAGCACCUGCAGGAGCAGCUGAAUGAGCUGAAGACAGAGAUUGAAAGUCUGAAGAUGAAGGAGAGGGAGACUCCUCUGGACAUCAUUCACAACCAGAACACUGAGCAGGGGACCAGCAAGCACAGCAACUUUAAAAAGCUUACACUACAGAGCACCAAGACCAGGGUGGCCUUCUUCGAGGAGCUCUAAACUAAAUAUCUGUAAAGGUGAGGAUGCACAACUGCCAAGAGCCUCACGACUCUACAUUCCUGGUCAGUUUAAAUGAUUGACCACACUACAGGAGCUGAUGCUCCACUUCCUGGGAAACCACUUUGAAACACAAAGAAAUGACCACUGCCUUCGUCUGCACCAACUCCAGGGGCCUCGUGUGUACGCACAAACAAGGAUACAUGCAUAAUGUUGCUGCACUAAAUCCCCGAUUCAUGAAAAAUUGAGUGUGUGUUUACAGUAAGAGUGUGGAAAACAGCACAUUCUCCACAAAUACUUUGAAGUGAACUUUGGUGUGGGUUUUAUUAGAGUCAAAGAACAAAGGUAGACGAUGCAGAGAGAAAUCAAAAUGGUCUUUGACUGCUGCGGUUCCACUGUGGCUCUAAUGAGACAGUAUUUGUGGAAUUCAGGAUGAUUAUUAUAUCAUGUUUAAAUGGGAUGACCUACAUUAUUUGACUGCCGAGCUGUUUUGAAAUUCAAAUAGGAAUAAAACACUAAGGGAUAACGUUGAACGAGAGAAUGAAUUGAUUAUAUGGCUGAUAUGCUGUCCUUAUCUUAAUAUCAAAUAUGUGAUAUCGAAUAGUUACAGGCAGCAAAACACUGUGUUGUCCUGGACUGCCUUGUACUUGCCUUUUACAGAUUAUUUGAUUCAUAAUGGCAACAAAUUCCAGUAUGUAUUAUUUUUUUACUUAAAGGAAUACAUAACCACCUAAAUUAUCAUUUGUGUAUCAAUAAGUCACCCUGUGUUAUGUUGAAUUCAUGAAGAAAUCUUUUUCUUGCCUGCCCCAGGUGAACGAAGAAUCCAAAUACGGAGAAAAUUCUUGAUAAAUUGAAGUCGACAACAGCAAAACUAUAUCAAAACA